AUGACUCUUCGAAGUCCUGCUGCGCGCCUGUCUCAUCUGCGAGACAGCUACAUUGAGAUCUCGAGAUAUGUUCGGUCACAGUCGCUCUCCCACACUCCCAGACCGAGGACUGUCCCAUCAAGACCGGUCCUUUCCAGACGACAUGCGAGUGCAGCUGCAACGGCAGAUGUGAACCGACUGAAUUCGGCCACGGCAGAUCUGCGUCAAUCUCACACGACAAAUCUCAAAGCUGCCCGACCCACGACACUGUCGAAGCAACAACAGGAUUGUUUGGAGCGGUUUGAGCGAAACAGUCUCAAUUCUGAUUCCCUGACGACUUGGGAUAGCCUACUGGGCGCAGAACCGGGCGAUGGCUCUGGAACAAAUGGUGGCCACGGAACCCGUGUUGCAGUUCUAGGCUACAUCACCUCCCAACGCUCUGCGAAACAGUGCGAGUUCUUUCAGCUUGUCGAUCCACGUCUGGAACUUGCUAUCCAAGUCGUCCUACCAACGACUGCGUCGAAAACGGCCGACGUCGUGAAUGAGGGGGGUGUCCAAAUAUUGCCGGAUACUAUCAGCCAGUCCUCUCGUGACAAUGCCUCAGACCAGAACACCAAGAGUCCUAUGCACGUCCAAGCUCAUACCCCUGUCCAAAUAGUCGGUUCCAUUGUUGGCCGCAAAGUUCCUCCUAAACAAGCUCGAUCAUCCAAGCAAGAGGCCGAAGUUCAAGAUGGACACAAGAAGCAGGAAAACAGUGCACGCAAAACCGUUCAAAAACUGGAUCCUUUCGUUGGAAUGAUCGAUCUGGUCUCCCAUGUGGAAAUACGCGCAGACUUUAUUACACCUCUAAACUCAUUUCCUUCGGACACAAUUGCAGCAUGGGAUACGGCUUUCCCACCUGAGAUGCGUCACCUACAAUUCAGGACAGAUCAUGAACUACGCAAACGUAUACGAUUACGGUCAAAGGUAUCUGCAAGCAUACGUCAACACAUGCUAGGCUCGGGCUUCGAUGAAAUUGAGACACCUCUUUUGUUCAAAUCUACUCCAGAGGGUGCUCGAGAGUUCGUCGUACCAACCCGGAAAAGGGGAAUGGCGUAUGCCCUUCCACAAAGUCCGCAGCAAUAUAAACAGGUCCUUAUGGCGUCUGGAAUAUCAAGGUAUUUUCAGUUUGCGAGGUGCUUCCGAGAUGAGGAUUUAAGAGCAGAUAGACAACCGGAGUUCACUCAGCUUGAUCUCGAGAUGUCUUUUGCGGGCGCUACACAGGUCAUGAGGGCUGUAGAACAAGUACUGUUGAAAGCUGUCUGGCCUAGCGUCCAAGCCUGUGACGCCGAAGCAGACAGUCUGGCCCUUCCACGACUGACGUACAACGAAGUCAUGGCUCGUUACGGCUCGGACAAGCCUGAUACUCGGAUUGGUGCAGAGAUCUGUCGCAUCGACGAUUGGCUGGCAGCUGAUGCUAAGGGAAUGCUCACUUCUCUUGCAGACCCGAUCGUGGAGAUAAUCAAGAUCGACAUGCAAGGAUGUAGUCCAUCACAGAGUGGUCACUUUAUCAGGUCUUUCCUCGAUGCCCCGUCCGCGUCCGCCUACUUCAACAACCCAGAUGGGAUACCUGGUGUGUCUGUCUACGACACGGGUAGACCGCUCAGCGGGCUUUCCAGCUUCGGACAUGAAGGAGCAACCAGGGUUGAAGAACACUUUGAGCCCGAGCCUGGAGAUAUUUUCCUUACCCAGGCCCGGGUCAAUGCUCCCUUCACUGGCGGAUCAACCAUGCUGGGUAAUCUGCGUCGAGAUGUUCACCAGAGCGCGGUUUCUCAAGGACUACUACCUCCGCCGGCUGGGUUUUCCGCUCUCUGGGUCACCGACUUUCCAUUAUUCUCGCCUACUGUACAAUCCGAGCCAGGACAAGGUGGACUGGCUGGGAUAUGUUCUACUCACCACCCUUUCACAGCUCCUAAGCCCGGGCAAGACUUGUCACGGUUGAUUUCAGACCCGUUGAGCGUUGUCGGCGAUCACUAUGAUCUAGUCAUCAACGGCGUCGAGGUUGGUGGUGGCUCCCGUCGUAUACACGAUGCGGAGAUGCAGGAGCUCAUUUUCCGGGACGUCCUCAAAAUGAAACCAGAGCGAGUGGAGGACUUCAGGCAUCUCCUUAAUGCUCUCAAGAGUGGCUGUCCGCCACACGCAGGUUUUGCACUGGGCUUUGAUCGAUUGAUGGCGAUGCUGACAGACAGAGUCAGUGUUCGGGAUGUGAUAGCUUUCCCAAAGCAUACAGAUGGCCAAGAUAGGUUUGUCGGGUCGCCAUCGGAGCUUACGGAAGAGCAGCUGGCAACUUAUCACCUUGCUGUUGUGGACAGAACGGCUGAGAAUACCCGCCCGCAGAUCUCACUAAAGGCAUAG